AUGGGCAAGCAGAAUACUAAUACAAGAAAUUAUGAAACAGUGGUGCAGCUACUUGUUCUUGCAGUUGCAAUUUUAGCCCCAUAUUUUGCUUUCAACUUAAUGGAUUUGGAGCUUUUUUGUGUCUCCAAAACCAUGUUUAUUACCUUAUGGUCAUCAAUCAAACCAUGGUUAUGUCCUCCAUAUGUCUAUCUUCUCAUCAACUUUAUCAUCUUUAUUAUCUUUGCAUCAUCUUUUAUUAAUUACAAUACUAUCUUUUUCAACCCUUCAUCAAAUGAUCAUAACCAAUUACUCACAAACUCAUUCGUCGAAUCCUCCUCUCUUGUUAAUCCUCAAAAUCUUGAAAUCGGGUCCUUUUUGGAUGAUGAUCAAUUAAAGUUUCAUACAUUGGAGGCAGACACAUUUGAAGAUUGUAAGGAGGAAGAAGAUAUAAAGUUUUCUAAAUUAGAAAAUUCAAGAAGUGAUCAUGAUUUAAAGUGUAAUAAUAAUUCGGAUGACACUUUUGAAGAUUUGAUUGAUUAUGAAGUGGGAAAUAGAUUCAAAAAGGUGGUGCCCGAUAGUGUGGUUCAUGAUAAGAGGGAGUUAAGGAAAUCAAAGACGUUUCAUGAGGGUGGAUCAAGGCUUAUAGGUCGGACCGAGAGGUACGUUAGGAUACUAAGUCAAGACGAGUUGGAUCGACAAGUUGAAGCCUUCAUUCAAAAAUGUAAAAACGUUCAAAAAUCCGAAUCAAAUAUGGGUUUGGAGCUUGGUAGUGUUUACUAG